GUAUUUUCAGUCUUAUAACCGGAAGUUAAAAUUGUAAACAGCGACUCAAACAGUCAAACAGCAGGGUUUAGAAAGAAUAUCAUGUCGUUUUUAUUCAUUCAAUGUUGUUGACGAAAUAGAAACUUGAAGCAGUACAUUAUGAAAAGGAAUGACUUGCUAGCUAAAUGGAGGCAUCAUGAUGCAGCAGAGUCGAGUCACCACGAGGAAAGAUCACAGAUUAGUAAAACUCAAAGAGAUGAUAGAAGACCAAGGAUGGUGAAGGAGAAAGGCCAACCAAGAAAACAUAAUUCCAACAGACAGAAAAGUUCAGGAAACUUAAGUCAGCAAAGCAAGUCGCAGGCAACAGGGACCAAUAUGGGGUCAGCAGAUACCAACAUGGAUAUACCAGGGUUUUACUUUGAUGUAGAGAAGAGAAAGUACUUCCGCAUUCAGCCCAACCACAACAGAAGUAGUAGCAGCACUGUGACAAAGGAGACAAUCCAAAGGAAAGAAAAGGAAGAACUCAGGUUAAAAGAAGUAUCUUGUACAGAAUCCUGUAAAAAACCAAAACUGUCAACAUAUCAACCUCAUGAAAAAGGUUCAAAAUGCUGCAGUGAUCUACCUCAUCUGUUGAAUAGUAUAUGUACUGGUACAAUAUCAAAACAUCAACUAGAUAAUUUGUUUGCUUUUAAAAGAGUUUCCAACAUAAAUUCAACUCAUGCUGGUUGUCAGAGACUUACAAAUCGUAAUCAAACAGCCUAUAGUAAACUUGAACACAUGCAGAAAAUAGAGGUUGGUGAAAAUUCAGAUUGUAUUCUUGGAUUGUGGAGCAAAAAGGAGAUUAGUAAUUACAGUAUUCAGCUGUUAGACAUAAAGAGAGAUAAGAGGUUAAAUGUUGAGAGUCGUUUAAGUGUCAACAUUGAGUCUCCAGACUUUUCUUCUUUAGUGACUUGGAAUAAGGUGACUGAUUUAUGUUGGGCUGACCUGAAACGUAACGAUAGUAACAGUAAAGUCAGACAUGUUUUGUUUACAACCAUGUCCUUCACCUGGGCUGGUGAUGACAUGAGCAUGGCCAGAAUAUGUCAGUUUCCAAAGACACUUGACAGAAGUCAUGACCUUGAGUUUAGUUUGGGUCAUAAAUGUAUAUGGACUUGUGCCUGGAACAAUCAUGGACAAAACUUUAGUGUAGGAAGUGAGAAGUGUGGUCUACUGCUGGACGUGGAAACAAGACGCCUCUGGGAACUCAACACCAACAAUAGUGAUCCCCUGGCACAGAUUUUUGACACAAAAUCCCGUUACCGUCUGUACAUGGGGACACGGAAGAACCAGAUUCUAUCUCAUGACCUUCGCAGCAUAUCUACCCGCCCUACAGCAAGCAUGAGUCAGUCCUGUAGUGUCUGUAGUCUACGACUUUUCCAGGAUGAAACAAAACUAUUGGCUAGUGAUGUUCGUGGCAAAGUUUGUCUAUGGGACCUACGAAUGAGGAAAGUUGUCCAGCGGUAUGUUGGAUUGAAAAACCAGUAUCGAUGUAUACCUAUACAUGUGGAUGACCAGGAACGCUUUGUAUAUGGAGCUGACUCCGAUGGAUACAUACAUUUCUGGUGCCUUCAGACAGGAGCAUUGCUGCGGACGAUACCUCCCCCAUCCUCUCUUGCACAGGACUUUAUCCCCACGGUGGCCUACUCAGAGAGGUGGGCUGGUGAGGAAGGCAAUGCUGGCCUGUUGAUGGGCCUUGGUGACAAGUUCUAUCUUUACCCAAGCAUGAAUGCAGAUGUUGACACCUCUUCUGUAUCAACUGAUGUCUCCACGCCCAUAUAUUUUUGAUAAGUGCUGAAACUUAUCUCCCAUUUAAAUGACUAUAAAUUUCUGUGAUAUUGUGUGUCCUAAAAACAGCAAUUAAAAUUGUUUGGACAUAUUG